AUGGCAGUCCUUCCUGUUCUCCCAGGCCUGAACAUCUCCGUUCUCGUGGACGGUGAGCUGGCCACAGAGCACAUCCCCCAGCCCUCGUAUUUCCCUCCUCUCAUCGACGCAACCGGGCAUCAACGCAUCGAGCACAAUCAAUGCUACAUUGAGUCUCGUGCUGACUCCCACUUCGCCAUUCGCUUCAGAAUCUCAUCUGACUUCAAGUUCCCCUGGGGAAAAACCAUUCUCAUCAUCUCCAUCUAUGUCGACGGCAAGCCUUUCGAUGCUAGGCUCUUCCAAAAACGUUUCAUCGUCAGCGCAACUCGCGGUGGCAAAGAGUGCGCAGAUUACAUUACGUACUGUCACCGCGAAUAUUCGGCUGGCUCCUGUGAGACUUACAACCCUAUCUUUCAAGACAUUAGACACCCUGCAUUCCAGACAGACGACGGCUCUGGGAUCAGUGAUCCCGACAGCAUCAAGGCCUUGGGGAGCAUCCAAGUCGCUAUUACGGUUGCGCGGGACCGCGGCCCUGGCGAGGUGGCCUCCGAUGAGUUCAAUGACGACAAGCGAGAGCCUCUCUCCAUUGACAGCGACGCCCUUCAUCGCUAUGGCUCCGGCCAAAUUCAUGGAACCAUCUACGCCAGAGCAGCCGAAAAUCCCGAGAUGGAGUAUGUCGCUGUUGAUCGUGAGGUGCACAUCGGAAACUUCUUCUUCUACUAUCAAUCUCCUGCUGCUGAAGGCGCUCGGUUCAGCUUGCAACCUAGAUUCAUUGACUGCGACGCUAACAACAUGGUCCAUACACGCAAACCUUAG